CAACCGAGCAUUAGCAAAAGGGAAACCAGCCACAGGGCCACACGCUCGAUUCCAACACCAUCUACCAAUCGGGACCUUCAGAUUUGGUGCUCUGGACUGUGCAUGUUGUCCACUCACUUUCGAUCGAUUUUUUCUAACUUUUUUUGGGUAGAAUCUAACCUUUCUUUUGCAGGUUUUCCUUCUUCUUGCUGAUUUCUCUUUUGGUUAAUUUUUCUUGGAAGAAGAGA